UCUAUGUAGAACAGUUGAGAUGCUCAGACAUGUGAAUAUUAAUAAUUUAAAGAUGACGCACAACGCGUUUUAAGUGUUUUCAGGCCCACGUGUUGCUGCGCACUUUGAGAUGUCUUGUCAGUUCUAAAUUUCACCGGUAAAGUUAAGGCAAAUAGGGUCAAAAAAUAUGGCUGCCACCGAAGCGGGGUGUGAACACUAUGUGCGCAGCUGCCGGCUGAAAGCACCUUGCUGUGGGAAGUUCUACGUGUGCAGAUUAUGUCAUGAUGCUGAAGAAGAACAUGAAAUGGACAGGUUCCAGGUUAAGGAGGUCCAGUGCAUCAUAUGCAAUGCGGUACAAGAGGCACAGCAUGAUUGCAAGGAGUGUAACGUGAAAUUUGGGGAAUAUUAUUGCGGUAUUUGCCACUUGUUUGACAAGGAUAAGAAGCAGUAUCAUUGCAAACCCUGCGGGAUAUGCAGGAUUGGACCAAGGGAUAAGUACUUUCACUGUGAAAAGUGCAAUUUGUGUUUAGCCUGUAAUCUUCAAGGCAAUCAUAAGUGUGUGGAGAAUGUGUCCAGACAGAAUUGUCCAGUUUGCAUGGAGGACAUCCAUACAUCCAGGAUAGGAGCUGAUGUGCUCCCUUGUGGCCAUUUACUUCAUAAAACUUGCUUCAUAGCGAUGUGCAAAACAGGUGCCUACCGCUGCCCGCUCUGCAUGCACUCUGCUUGUGACAUGCAGGCUUACUGGGAAGAGAGGGACAAGGAAAUUGCCCAGUCACCAAUGCCUACUGAGUACCUGGAUGCUACUGUCAAGAUAAUUUGCAAUGACUGCCAAGCUCAUUGCAUGGUGCCCUUUCAUGUCCUGGGUUUGAAGUGCAGUGGUUGUGGGUCGUACAACACAGCACAGGAUGGGGGACUGAUCCAACCUCCACAGCCUCAAGAGCCUCAAGAGCCUCAAGAGCCUCAGCAGCAGGAUACACCUCCCGAUCCUUGACCCAAGUUUCCCUCAUAACCUCCAAUGUCAAGACUGUGACUGCAAGGAUGCACACUCCCGCCGCUUUCAUGUAUAAGGUUUGAGUCGAUGCAGAAAAACUCAAUUGCUGUGAUCACAAUCUCAGGACACUUUUAUCAGAAUGUAUACCCACAAUAACAAAUUCUGUUGUGAGUGGAGCAUUACCCCCUUAAGUUCUGUAACACAUAAAAGUACAUUAACUGUAUCAGUAACUGUAUCAUUAAAUGCCAACAAGCUACGUUCUGAUUUCAGUUGAGCUUCCAGCUGUGUGAGUUAGAAGUAGUGAUGAAUUAAAAGUGAGAAGAUCUCUUAAUUUACUCCAGUCACUAAGCCACCAAUACCUUUAUGAAAUCAACUGGCAAGUACAGUAUUUUACGAUUUUCUAAUUGGUACCCCUGGGAGGGAAGGACCUGCACCUGUUUCCUUGUUUGCAUCACAUCAUUCACAUCAUUAUUAACAUGCAUCAGUCCAUGUUUCAUAUUUGUGUGGAGGGUUGUAGGAUCUAUAAAAUGAAAAUAAUGAUCACAAAGAAAAUGAUCACAGAGAACAGUGGGGAUUUGUUAAGGCUAAAACUGACAAUAAUGUAGGAACAGGACGUGAUCAUGAAUUUCCCUUGAAGGUUGUUUACAGUCGAAUUUUUUUUUGUACAGAAUGUAGACCAAGCAUUCAGUUGAACUGUGAUUUUAUUGUGUCUCUCGAACAGUUAAAUAACAUCAUGAAUGGGAGGAAAAGUGUGGUAUGAAAUGUCGCCGCUGCUUGUCAUCUGGUGGUCACACAAUCUUUUGAACCUAAAGCUUUUUGCAUUAAUAAAAGAAAGCUAAACGUGCAACCUGAAUUCAGUUUUUGAUAACAACUACAAUAUGUAACAAAUGAAAAAGAUUUUAAAAUAAAGAUUUUACGCAGUA